CACAUACAUAAUUGGAGGUAUGAUAUAUGCAUUUACCAUACAGGAGGGAAAAAAAUGAAAUCGUCAUAAAAUAGAGUUUUCAACGCUUUUUCAAAAAGUUUGAUAAAGACCUAGAACUGUGAAAAAAAGCUGUAGUUUCAGGAGCUUGUUUCUAGUUUUUCGCCACAGCGCCCCCAGCGGGUGGGAUGACUGCACAACAGCAACCAAGGCCGAACUCCACCCAAAUACUAGUUACUGUCCAAGUACUUUUUAAGACUUUUUUCCACCCAAAAAGUACUUUUUGUCCAAGUACUAUAAGAUUAUUUAAUAACCUCUGACCUUCAGGGCCCAGAGCAGGUGACGCUGUAACCAUGGCAACAGCCUGUGCGAGACAGGUAGCAGAGGGACUGUGCGCAAAAUGACAUCGAUCCAGGAGGAAAUGUUUAAGUGUGUGUUGUCCGGAGACCUGGAAACCCUCAGACAGUAUUUGGAGGGUGAGCCUGUCCCAGAGGAGCCGCAGGAGAGGGAUUUGUUCGGAGAGAAGGAUGAGUGUGGGAGGAGUGCCCUGCUAACCGCCAGCAUGUUGGGACGGAGCGCCAUCGUCCGAGAGCUGGUCAGGCACGGAGCCCGGGUCAACGAGCAGACUGUCCGGGGUUAUUCAUCACUGCACCUCGCUGCUUGCUGGGGCCACGUGGAGACAGUGAGGACCCUGCUCGAUUUGGAGGCUGACACACAGGCCAAGACCUUCAGAGGGGAGAGGCCUGUAGACCUGGCCAGGAGAUACUCUAAGACAGACUGCGUUGACUGUCUCGUCCUGGCAGAAGCUAAACAGGACCUGAUGUCAUAUCUAACCUUUGUUAAAGACACUAUUAAUGAUUCAGAGAGGAACCUCACAAAGGAGGAGAAGAACAUCUGUAUGCGUCUAUGCUCUUCCAAGUCUGACUGGAUUCACAGUAUUAAAAACCCAACAGUGUCAGACUUCGCAGCCCAAAGGGAAGACAUGGAGAACACUCUUCAGCCUAUCCUCAGCAAGCUCAGCAGCUGAGAUGCCAGCUAAACUAGCAGCACCAGUUUAAAGCAGAGGACGAUCUGUGCAGUGUCAGUGUUCAGUAAAUCUGGGUGAAACUUUAAGAAAUCAUUUGGAAAUCAUUUUAAAAAAAACUGCUCUUC